AUGACAGGUCUUACCCAAGAACAAUUGAACACAUUUGAUCAAGAAGGAAUGCUCUGCAUUCCAAAUUUCCUUACUCCAGAACAAACCAAGAAAUUAUUAGAUGAAUCACAUUUAUUAUUAUCAAAAUGUGAUUUAUCUACCCAUCCAAAAACAACAUUUAAAACUGCUGAUAAUGAUCAUAUUGGAGAUAAAUAUUUUUUUGAAUCUGCUGAUAAAGUUUCAUUUUUCUUUGAUACUGAUGCAUUUAAUGAUGAAGGUGUAUUACAAAUUGAAUUAUCUAAAGCAAUUAAUAAAAUAGGACAUGGAUUACAUAUGAAUAAUGAAUUAUUUGAAAAAAUAACAUUUGAUAAAAAUGUUCAAGAUAUUGCCAAAAGUUUAGGAUAUAAAGAUCCAAGAGUCUUACAAAGUAUGUGUAUAUUUAAACAACCUGCUACUAUUACAGAUGAAGAAAGAGAAAAUGCAGUACCUCCUCAUACAGAUGCAACUUUUUUAUAUACUAAUCCUCAAUCAGCGAUUGGUUUUUGGUUUGCUUUAGAAGAUUGUACUUUAGAAAAUGGAUGUUUGGCAUAUAUACCAGGAUCACAUAAAAAAUAUCCUGUUAAUAAAAGAUUUGUCAGAGUAAAUGGUAUGAAUAAAGGGUGCAAUUUCCAACACUUCAGUGAUGACCCAGAGGUUAAUGAAGAGUAUAAAUUUGUUCCUUGUAAAGCUGGUUCUUUAAUAUUGAUCAAUAAUUCAGUCUUGCACAAAUCAGAGAAGAAUAAAUCCGAUAAAUCAAGAUAUGCUUAUGCUUUCCAUGUAAUUGAUGGAGUUGCAAAAUAUGAUGAAUUGAAUUGGUUACAAAUUCCUUAUACGGGAGGGACUAAUUUCUCUAAAUUAUAUAAAUCUACAUAA